CAUCUCCAUUCGUAAAUUCCGCCACUAUUCCCACAAACACCCACCAUUAUUAAUUUAAAAAUCCCCAACUCCCACUUUCUCUCUCUCUCUCUACAAUCUUCAGCUAUUUAAAAAAAAAGAAACUCCAUUGCUUUUUCAGACUUAUUUUCUACAGAGAGAGAGAGAGAGAGGGGAAAAAAGAAACAAAAAAAUUUCAAGAAUGGUGGAUGAUUUCAUGGUGUGUGUGGACAGGAUAAUAGCUUCAGCUGCGUGCUUUCAAGAAUCUCCAUCAUCAUCAGCAGCUGCGGAGAGAGAAAGCGAGGCCCAAGAUAGUGUUGAUGUUAGUGUUGUUGGUGGUGAAAAUGGUGGCGCGAUUGCUGCCGAAGAUGGGGUUUUUGGCGGCGACGGCUGCGAUGUCAGAGGUAAAGGGAGUUUGAGAGAGUGCAGAAUUUGUCAGGAGGAAGAUGAGGAGCAGGAUAUGGAGGCUCCUUGUGCUUGCAAUGGAACCCUCAAGUUUGCUCACAGGAAAUGCAUUCAGAGAUGGUGCAACAAGAAAGGGGAUAUUACUUGUGAAAUAUGCAAUAAGGUUUUCUCUCCGAAUUAUAGCUGCCCGCCUCCGAGAACCAAUGCUGAUGUUUUGGCUAUCGAUAUCAGACAAGCUUGGGGACCUCACAUUGAUCUCCGUGACCCUCGGUUGCUGGCUUUUGCAGCGGCUGAGCGUCAGUUUCUGCAGUCAGAUUACGAUGAUUAUGCCAUAGCAAACAGCGGGACUCUUACCUGUUUCCGAUCAGUAGCUAUCAUCCUGAUGAUGCUCUUGCUGAUACGUCAAACUCUUUUGAUCACGAGAGACUUUGGAGUGCUGCGCGAAUCCUCAGUUUUCGUCCAUUAUCAGAUUUCGGUUCUUCAGCUUGCUGGUUUUCUUCUUCCGUGCUACGUGGUUGGCCGUUCGUGGUACAUUGUACAAUGCCGUAGGAGAAGGCAGGGUUGAGAGCAGGCGGCGCUGGCAGAUGAGCUGAGCUGGUUGUAAACAGCUUCGUUUCGUGUUGAAAACAAGCUGAACGAUCGAGGAUUGAACGAGCUUUUAACGCGAUGGAUUGGUCGGAGAUUAAGGUUUGCUCCAGUGAUGUUUGUGAUUUCUACCUGGUGACUCAGAAGCAAGUGUAAAUUUGAGUAUUUUGAGUUCACUAGGAGCUUUUGCUUUUGUGGAAUUCUUGUUUAGAAAUUGAAAUUUUUAUUGUUACACAGGCUGAAAUGAAAUUGCAAUUACUACCCUA